AUGGGUUCAAAAGAUCAACUAAAGAUGACAGAUACUGAAGUUGUAGUAUUCAAUAGGCCAAAUAAUUUUGUUGGGAGUAAUGGUUCUGUGUGGGCUUCGGAAUACAUGAGACUACGCUAUGAAGAGCCAGUACUUUUUGUUGUAGAUGAAAGUGAACUCAAAUCAUCCACGGCAUCACUUACAAAGCUUGUUGAUCAGUUAAAGUUGUAUUGCCUCAUGUCUAACAAGUCUGAUGUUUUGAACAUAUCACCAAAUCUCAGUUGUGCUCAUCGUCAACACGAAAUCCUUAGAGCUACAAGUCUUGUUCGUAUAUUGACAUCUUUCCAAGAUACUGUUGAAGAAGAGCCUAAUAACUAUUUGGAUGUAGACAUGAACACUCUUGCUGAACUGGUUAAUUCAUCCAGAGGGAAAUAUAAAACAAUGCCCUGGUUGGAAUUAUUUCACUAUGCUGAAAACUUUCUUUGACCAGCAUGUUGAAGUUGGAGAGAAAUACAUGGAGUAUGUCAAAUGUACUUGUGAGCAUUGUCAAAUUUGUGCUACAAAUACUUGGGUUGGACCUCCUUGUUGUAAGGUUCCAAAACCUUACCCAGAUUACGCAAGUGACGGAUUUCACUAUUUGGAUGUUAAUAGUACCCCAACUGAAGUUGAUGGUGAAGCUAGGGCAAUUGAUGAUUUCCAGCCCAGAAAACAAGCAGCUGACCAAAUGAAAGAAAAAAAGCUAGAAAGUGAGGAACAGCUGGACACAUUUUCAAAAAAGUUUAUUGUUGAGAAAACGAGAUUGAGAAAAUAUAUUGAACAUCUAACUGAUUUGGAGAUUAAAAGAAAGAAAAGAGAGAGAACAGAAAAAAAUUGUCAGAGCAAGAACAGCAGAAAACAUUUUUAG